CCUCUAAAAUACCACUGCACAUCCAUCCAUAUCCAUUCCAUCUUCAGUUCAUCAAUUGACCAAUACAACAUCCUAAUAACCCAUACUUCUCGAUCUACAAACUCUACAACCGCCAAAAUGGUCCUCAAACGCAAGCGCUCUGACUCCGAGAUCUCCACCUCCAGCUCCCUCCUCUCCUCCCCCCUCUCUGCCUCCGGACACAUGUCGAUCGACUACCCCGUCUCCCAGACACAAAUCCCAACGCCCUCCUUAUUCUCCUCUCGAACUCGCAAACGCUACCGCGAUAACCGUCCGUCCGAGUCCGAGGUACAUCGUAUGCCGUGCCUUUACCUCUCACCCAGCUGCCCACCUCUAAUACGUUCUGUAGAACACACAUUAUCACUUCUUUUCUCUGGCGCGCAGAAGCCGCAACAAGCAACUCUACCUACCUCUUUCCGACAGUCGAUAAAUAAACCACAAGAACCGGUAUCGUCGUUGCCGUCGAGCAGUCAAUCGGGCUCGAGUCAGCAAGCUAGUCUACAUUCGUUUUGGCAUGGGCCGAUGGCCUCGGGGGGGCGGCAAUCGUCUCCCAGUAGUAAUUACUCGAACUCUUCUACAAACACACCCUCGACAGCAUCACAAAUGACAUCGUUCUUUCCAGCUACGAAUUGUGAGGAUUGUGAUGGGUCGUUGGGACAAUCGGAUGAUGCAGAUAUGAUGGAUGUGGAUAUGAUGAUGGACAUUGAUAUGGGAGGAGCGGGCAGCCAUGCGUGUACAGCGUGUGGGAAACAGGUGUGCCAUAGUUGCGCGGUUAGUAAUCUGGGUGCUGAGAGGAAAUGUCUGAAUUGUGCUGGGAGGAGCAAGGUUACACAGGGCGGCGGUGCAUUUGGAUGGGUGAGGGCUUACUAGCAUUCGGCUUGUGGAUAUGGGAAGGCGUUUUGCUUUGGAAAAUGGGGCGUUUGGUGUAUCGGAUUGAAUAUGGGAAUUGCAUAGUGUACGAGUAUACAAUGAGUUCAGUCGAGAUUGUUACAACUACCUCUUUCCAUUCCGUUCGUGAACGCCUGUCUCAAGUGGCCUUAGGGUCUCCGACACA